UCAAUUAAGAUCCAAAGAGCGCAUGCGCACAGGUUUCUUAACCUGACACUUGUUACACAGCUUCUGCUGAUACAGAGCAUCGUGAAACGCCAUCUGUUAUGGAUAGAAAUUAUGGUGGACAGAAGUGCUUUCGGGUAUCCAGUUAAAAACGGAUGAAAACAAUACCAGAAUGAAUACUAUCGAUUAAUGCAUAUCAUCUUUCCUGAUCGUGAGUGUGUCUGACUUGUUUAUGUCUAGAAAUGGGAAGAUGCUGCAAGUGCAACGGGAGACUGUUGUGCAUGUGUCUGCUGCCCUGUAUGAUGACUGGUCACCUUGUGAUUUAUAUCAUGGUGUCCAUAUUUGUUACCAUCUCUCACUCUCCUCCAAAAAUAACUAUUCACUACAUUGCUCCUGGGAUUUCAACAAACUCUGCUGCUUUAGCCCCUCAUCCAGUAAGCCCUUUCUGGAGCCUUCGCUUGGAGGACAGUGCAAUAUGGAACCAGUUGCAGCAUGCUUGGGACCGUCAAUACAAUCCCAUUUUGAGAGGAAACACAUCUGGAAUGAUGAGCAAAUCAAAGGCUCGGCUUUCAACAGAAAUCGAGGAUGAAUGUCUUUCCAACUGCAUGUCACGCAAGUGUACAGUUCCUCGUGUGCAUGAUGAAGACAAUCUACCUGAGCAAAUCAGGGAAUUUAUUGGGUCAAUGCACUGCAGAGAGUACCCACUCCUUAUCAAUCAGCCCAAUCUCUGCAGGAACAACUUCAGAAUAGAGUCCCCGAUGCUUUUCAUGGCAAUCAAAUCUCAAGUCGGAAACUUUGAAAACCGACAAGCUAUACGUGAAACUUGGGGUCAUAGCGGUCUGGUAAAAGGGGAAUCAAGUAAAAAGUGGGGACUAGUGCGCACAGUUUUUCUGCUUGGAAGACAGGACUCGAGCACAGGUCCUCACCCAGAUCUUCAAAACCUCCUGGAUCUUGAAAACCAGAAGUAUGGAGAUAUUCUUCAAUGGGAUUUCAGAGACACGUUCUUCAAUUUAACCCUGAAGGACUUGUUGCUUUGGCGAUGGCUCCAGCAGUACUGCCCAACACCAUUCUUUAUCUUCAAAGGCGAUGAUGAUGUCUUUGUUCGAACAGAUGCUCUUCUGGAUUACCUGCACAAGGUGAGGGAGGAACAUGUUCUGUGGAGAGCCUACACUAAUGAAACAGACUUGAAUUUGUUUGUAGGGGAUUUGAUCAGUAAUGCAAUGCCAAACCGUGAGCCAUCUGCUAAAUAUUACAUACCAGAAAGUUUCUACAAAGGUGCCUAUCCACCUUAUACUGGAGGGGGAGGGGUGGUGUAUUCUGGCUCACUAGCAUUACGUUUGACAGAGGUGUCUGAGAGGGUCCGUCUUUUCCCAAUUGAUGACGUGUAUCUUGGCAUGUGCCUGCACAGACUAGGGAUCACUCCGAGCCAUCACCCGGGGUUUUUAACUUUUGAUCUCUCUUUUACAGACAAGGACAAUCCCUGUGCAUAUAAAUCAGUUCUGCUUGUUCACAGACGAAGUCCGAAAGAGAUGUUAUUACUGUGGAAGCAGCUUCAGAAUCUGCACAGUCAAUGCUGAAAGUUAUUUGCUAACCAAAUAGGAUUCACUAUAAAUGACUUAUCUCACCACACUCAUUUGAAAAAAGGUGACACUGUCAAAACACCAUCAAGGAUGAUGCAAGAUGGCAGUACCAUGUUAAGGUCACAGUUAAUGAGCCUUUUUCCCCCUGAAUAGUCAUUUAACUUGAAGGAAACUGCUCUACCUCAAAGGGUACUUUGUAAGACCUUUACAGAACACAUGGUACUUUUUGUUCGUUCUGGUAUGAAUCUUUCUACUAGUGACUGUCUUGUGCAGACAUUAAAAUGUUCAUUUUACCGUGUUUUUGUAAAAACAAAUGUUGAUUGUUUGCCGGUGCAUGCUUUUCUUUAAUUUGCCAUUCACUAUAGAUUAUUUAGACUAUUUAUUUAAAAAAAAAUAUAUUUAAUAAUUUAUUUGUAUAUGUACUGUAGUGAAAGCUAUUGUUUUUUCCAGUGUCCAACUUUAAAAUGGAAAUAGAACAGAAAGAAUCAGAAAAUACAUUGUCACUAAGGUUUGACAAGUAAUUGUAAUAUGUACAGUAAACUCAUGCAACUCAA